AUGUCUAUGGGCCAAUCAGCAGAGUCUCCAGGGGCUCCCUGAGGGUGCUAAUAAUCCUGCAAUGAUUAGCAGGGGCCAGGGGGUCAGCGCACACUGCUCUGCCUGCUGUCGGUGGGGCGGGCUGGCCAGCUCUGAGGCCGGGGCAAAGAGGCGUCCUGGGAAGCUCUUUUCAUGCCAGCACUGAAGGGAGGCUGUUUGGACACACUGAUUACUCAUCAGCCUCCCCCUUUUGUCUGCCAGCCCAGCCUGACUCCUCGAGGUUGUGAAUAGCUCCAUCCAGUCUGGAAGCGAGCUGGACGGCUGAGCCGGGCCAUGCUCCCAGUGCCUAACAGGCCCAUUCCUCGGCCAGAGCCCUGCCCGGGGCUGGGAGGCCGGGGCCGCCAGCCUGGCCUCCUCCCAGUGUUCCUGGUUCUGCUUGGCAUGGCCUGGGCAGAGGUGAGGCUGCAGCAGCCGCAGGAGCAAGCUCCAAUGCCCGGAGGCCUGAGCAGGAAGGAAAGCUUCUUGCUCCUCUCCCUGCACAACCGCCUGCGGAGCCGGGUCCAGCCUCCUGCGGCCAACAUGCAGAGACUGGACUGGAGCGAGAGCCUGGCCCAGCUGGCUCAAGCCAGGGCAGCCCUCUGCGGCACUGCGGCCCCCAGCCCAGCGCCGGUCCCACACGUGGGCUGGAACGUGCAGCUGCUGCCCAGGGGCUCGGCAUCCUUUGUCCAAGUGGUCAGCCUGUGGUUCGCCGAGGGGCAGUGGUACAGCCACGCAGCAGCCGAGUGUGCCUACAAUGCCACCUGCACCCACUACACCCAGCUCGUCUGGGCCACCUCAAGCCAGCUGGGCUGUGGGUGGCAUGCGUGCUCUGUGGAUCAGGUGGCGAUGGAAGCCUUCGUCUGCGCCUAUGCCCCCGGAGGCAACUGGGAGGUCAACGGGAAGACCAUCAGCCCCUAUAAGAAGGGCGCCUGGUGCUCGCUCUGUACGGCCACCCUCUCCGGUUGCUUCAAAGCCUGGGACCACGAAGGGGGGCUCUGUGAGGUCCCCAGGAAUCCAUGCCGCGUGAGCUGCCGGAACGGCGGACAACUCAACACGAGCACCUGCCGCUGCCACUGUCCCCCUGGCUACACGGGCAGAUACUGCCAAGUGCGGUGUGGUGUGCGGUGCGUGCAUGGCCAGUUCCGGGAGGAGGAAUGCUCCUGCGUCUGCCAGGUCGGCUACGGCGGAGCCCAGUGUGCCACCAAGGUGCACUUUCCCUUCCACACCUGUGACCUGAGGAUCGAUGGAGACUGCUUCACUGUGUCUUCGGAGGCAGACACUUAUUACGGAGCCAAGAUGAAAUGCCAGGAACAGGGUGGCGUGCUAGCCCAGAUCCAGAGCCAGAAAGUGCAGGACAUCCUCGCCUUCUACUUGGGCCGCCUGGAGACCACCAACGAGGUGACCGACACCGACUUUGAGACCAGGAAUUUCUGGAUUGGGCUCACCUACAAGACCGCGAAGGACUCCUUCCGCUGGACCACGGGGGAGCACCACUCCUUCACCAGUUUUGCCUUCGGGCAGCCUGACAACCAGGGGUUUGGCAACUGUGUGGAGCUGCAGGCCUCAGCUGCUUUCAACUGGAAUGACCAGCGCUGUAAAACCCGAAACCGUUACAUCUGCCAGUUUGCCCAGGAGCACAUUUCCCGAUGGGAUCCAGGACGCUGAGGCUGCUCCGCCAGGCUGCUCCGCCAGGCUGCUCCGCCAGCCAACCCCCUGGUGCACCAACCCUGCCUGCCUGUCUGCCCGCCUGACUGGAAAAAGGGCCAGCCUCGGACUGCAUCCCAGCAUCCAGGGAUCUCGGGUCUUGCCCCACGCAGGGAGCUGGGCAGGGGGUGGCAGUGAGGCCAGUGGGGAUGGGGAGUGGGUGCUAGAAGAGUCUGGCGGGGGCGAGGACAGCCUGGGGUCCCCGACUGGAAGGUGGGCUUCAAUCAGGGGCCGCAGCAGCAGAAGCCAGGGUCAGCAGUCCGAAGAAACCGCCCUCCUCCAUCUGGGCCAAGCUGCCCGGGUCAGCUGCACCCCGCCCCCCCCCGGAGGAUUAAACUAAGUUAUGGAUCAA